AUGACCAAGAAGGUGAUCAACAUCAUCGAGCCCAGCAGCGGGCAAGAGAAGCCUCACUUCGUGCUGGUGCCGCUGUUCGCUCAGGGGCACAUGAUCCCCAUGGUCGACUUUGGCUGCCUCCUCGCCGCCCGCGGGGCCCUCGUCACCAUCGUCACUACUCCAGUCAACACUACUCGAAUCAAGUCCUUCGUCGAUCGCGCCAACGCUGAUGGCCUCGUCAUCCGCCUUGCUGAACUCCAAUUCCCCUGCGCCGAGGUCGGUCUGCCGGAGGGCUCCGAGAACGCUGAC